AUGAUUCAACUUUUCUUGAGUCUUUCGUUGGCCUCAGCCUUUUAUUAUACUGAUGACGACCUCAUUUCAGCCAAUCUUAACUGCUUUUCUUAUUCUUGCAAUAAAAAUCUCAAUCUUCUCCCUGAAACCUGUGUAUUUUACCAAGACUCGAGUUUCUACUUAAAUCCCUGUGGGAAGAUUCCAGGCCUUACUUAUUGUCCACCUAUAACCCACCGUGGAAACAGUUCUUGCAUCCCUCUCCCUCCUUCUACAUAUCACACUGCUUGGCCUGGAGAGCCUUGCACAAGCAACUCUACCUGUGCUUAUGGAUAUUGCAACGAUGAUAACAUAUGCCAAGGUCUCCAAGCAGCUGAUCCUUGCACAGUUUCAGACGAGUGUGACCCAGGUCUUAAGUGUACUCAAUUAGGUACUGGAUACAACUGCACUUUAUUAUUGUCAACAGGAGUUCCAUAUUCAGAAGGACAAGGCUGCACAAGUGAUUAUGACUGCCAGAACUGGGCUGGUUGUGAAAAUAACAUAUGCUAUGACUAUUUGUCAAGGGAAGAAGCUGAAUAUGUAAAUUGCACGCAGCCUGAAAACUUUUUGUGUGCAAGCACUAUGUGUGCAGACAAUAUAUGUGUAGGGUUUAUCCCAUCAGACCAAACUCCCCCUGUGAAAUGUGUUUCUAAUGCAAACUGCAUCUCCACUUACUACAACACUACCCCAAAUCCUACAGUAUUUUACUCUGAGUGUGAAUGUGGAUUUAAUCCUCAAGCCCAAGCAUACUGCAGCCAGUUCCCGGGAGACCCUGCAACCCUAGCCUAUCUGAAUAUUCUAAGCAAAUGGCUUUCAAGUGAUGCAAUAAAGAAAUGCCACUCGGUAAGAAGACUGUCAAUGAACUGCAUGAAGCACUAUUGGAGCCAGAAAAAUUACUUGACUUAUGCAUAUAGGUAUUAUAGCUUGUAUAAUUACCCACAGAUCCAAAACAAUGACCAGUGUGUCCAAGAAAUCUAUACAAGUGCUUACUACAAUACAGUGACUGAAUAUAAUGAUUUAAGCAGUGCAUAUGUGUUGGCUGCGAGCGUUGUUUAUUUCUUAAUUUAA